AUGGGCCCACCCCGGCCAUUCACCGUCACCAUCAUCGGCGGGGGCAUCGGCGGCCUGGUUCUGGCCGUCGGCCUCCUUCGACGUCACGUCCCCGUCCAGAUCUAUGAGGCUGCCGAGGCCUUGACGGAAAUCGGCCUGGGCUUGUCCAUCGGUCCGGCGGCUCACCGGGCCAUGCCCCUCAUUGAUCCUCAGAUUCGUGACAUUUAUGACUCGUUGGUCACCACGCAUGCGGUUAGUCCGGGCUAUGAGCAGUAUAAGCAGACUUGGUUUGAAAUUGUCUGGGCGGGUGGGGAUCAUGAGAGUGAAACAUUGAUGGACUUGAAGGCUCUGCCAUCCGGGAAGACGACGCUGCGUUGUGCAGAUUAUCUGGCGGCUUUGGUUGCCUUGAUUCCUCCGAAGAUUGUGCACUUUGGUAAACGGUUGCGCCGACUGAUGGAGACGUCAGACAAAGUUAGGCUAUGGUUCGAGGAUGGCACCACGGCCACGGCCGAUGUGGUGGAAUCCAUGCUGCCGGACGAAUCAAGAGUCAAACAGCCUCAGUACAGUGGCAUGUAUGGGUGCCGUGCCGUGUUCGACAUGGAGGAUAUGGUAGAGGCGGUUGGGGACCAGCACGCUAGAGUCUCCACCAUGUACAUUGGCAAGGGAGCCUAUGCCAUUUCGUAUCCUAUUAUGCGCGCAAAGAAGGUGAAAGUUGGGCUCUAUAUCCUGAGUGAGAGGUGGGAUUAUGAGGCUUGGGUGCGACCGGCAAAUGCUAGGGGAAUGGGUGGAUACGUCAACUCGCUUGUCGAGCGCAUGCCUGACCCUUCACAAUGGGCGAUAUUCGACCAUCCCCAUCUGUCCACGUACUUCAAGUCCCGAGUUGCCAUCAUGGGUGAUGCGGCUCAUGCCUCCACGUCUCAUCAGGGUGCGGGCGCUGGUCAAGCAAUUGAAGACGCCCAUGUUCUUGCAGAGCUUCUCAGUGACUCGCGAGUGACCAGCGUGGAUGAUGUCGUGGGAGCCCAGCAUGUUGUUACCACGAGCAAGGAGAAUGCCUAUCUGCUGUGCUUCUGUUUUGAGGGAACCUUUCAGCAACGGCUACGGUGGCUCUGGGACCUGGAUGUUCAAGAGCAGGUGGAGAAAGCCAGAAGAAGAUGAUUAGCUAUGCUAAGCUAUAGUGGGCUUUUAUUGAAUAAAGCAUUCGACUUGGUCCUGAUCUCUUUUGACCGACUAUUUAUCUGUUCAACAGUAUUAGCACUUCUCCAAAUACCACACGCUGACUAUGCUUAUAUCAAAAGACAUGACAGGGUAAAAGCAUGCCAGGACGGAAGACCAUUGUGGUGCUGGUUGACUGAAAUUUUCAAUACUUGUCUCCC